AUGGUUUUUCAAAUACCUAAUAAACCUUUACUUAUUUCUGGAUUUUUAAGUGUAUGCUGUACUGUUGGUUUAUUGCUGAUUUUCCCGCUGAACGUCUAUAGGGCAAAACUCGACGCACCAACAUGGGAAAGUUUGGAUUCUAGACCUCUGCCAAAGUGGUACGACGAAGCCAAAUUCGGAAUAUUUAUACAUUGGGGCGUGUACUCUGUGCCAAGUUUUAUGAAUGAAUGGUUUUGGAAAUGGAUGGAAGAUAAUUCUACUAUUCAAGCUUUAUUUAUGAAACGUAACUAUCCAAGACGCUUCGCUUACCAAGAUUUUGCACGAGACUUCUCAGCAGAAUUUUAUGAUCCGGAUGAGUGGGCUGAUAUUUUUAAGAAUUCUGGUGCCAGAUAUGUUGUGCUAACGAGUAAACACCAUGACGGUUACACUCUGUGGCCUUCAAAGUAUUCCUUCAGCUGGAAUUCAAUGAUAGUGGGUCCUCGCAGAGACUUAGUGGGAGAACUGGCUGGAUCUAUUCGCUCAAAAACGAACUUAAAAUUUGGUUUGUACUAUUCAUUAUAUGAGUGGUUUAAUCCUCUUUAUCUGCAAGACAAGAAAAAUCAAUAUGCUACACAGUUAUAUGUCACCCAACACGUAGUGCCACAAUUGCAUGAAAUAGUAAAAGAUUAUAAACCUGAUGUUAUUUGGUCUGAUGGUGAUUGGGAAGCUCCCGAUUCAUAUUGGCUUUCCAAAGAGUUUCUAGCUUGGCUCUACCAUGAAAGUCCUGUUAGAGAUUUUGUCGUUGUAAAUGAUCGAUGGGGAAAACAAGUUCUUUGCAAGCAUGGUGACUUUCGUACUUGCAAAGAUAAUUUUAAACCUGAUGUUCUGCAACCCCACAAGUGGGAAAGUUGCACGACAAUUGACAAAUAUUCAUGGGGGUAUAGAAGGAAUGCAAAAUUAUCAGAAAUUAAAAGUACUCAUGAGUUACUGAAACAUUUAGUGUCAACUGUUAGUCGUGGUGGCAACAUGUUGCUUAAUGUUGGUCCCACCAAAGAGGGUGUGAUACCUGUCAUCAUGCAAGAACGUCUUCAUGACAUUGGAUAUUGGCUUCGGAUUAAUGGGGAAGCAAUUUAUUCUACAACACCGUGGAUCAUACAGCAAGAAAUGUACAGUGACAUUUUUUAUACUCUUGCUCAAAAGGAACAAUUUUUAUAUGCUAUUGUGCUUGAAUGGCCUAAAAAAGGCUUACUGACCUUAGCAGCACCUCAAUUAAGUAGUGAUUCUACAAUAAACAUGUUAGGUACAAAUUUUACCUUGAAAUGGCACAAUACUAAUGUUGGUAUUGAAAUACGCUUUCCCGAUAGAGCAAAAUCUCCAAAUUUUGCAUGGUGUCUAAAAAUGAGCAAUGUCAAUAUUAAAGUCUCAAAUCAAAAGCAUAUUUAA